UUUUUAAAAAUCCUCUCUUUCCUACUUCUUGUACGUACGCGUAUUUCAUAAUUUGCAUUCUACGCACAUAAUUCAUGCAUUUCUAAUAUACGAGGUACGACAGCCAAAUAGAAUCUAAAUUACUUACGAUGGUUUCGCGGUGCACCACCUGACACCGUCCGUUGCUCGUUGGAGGUUAAGUCCUCGGAACGGAGAAGAAACUGGAAGAAACGCUCGGCUCCGUUUCGGCCUCGCGCGAGCGCAUCUGUUUGUCAGCCGGGAUUUGACUGCAUGGGGAUUACGCGGCAUCCGAUUAUCCUCUGAAACAUGGACUCGCCGCCGAACCUGGAGACCGUCUACCAGGCCGUGUUCUCUUUAUAUAACAAUACAAAUCCGGCCGAACCAGGAAAAGCGUCAUUAUGGCUGGGAGAAUUACAGAGAUCGGUAUUUGCGUGGAAAAUAGCUGAUGAAAUGUUACACGAGAAACGAAAUAUAGAAUCCUGUUAUUUUGCUGCGCAAACAAUGCGCACCAAGAUCCAGCUCUCCUUCCAUGAAUUACCCCAAACAGCUCAUACAUCAUUACGAGAUUCGUUAAUGGAACAUAUAUCGCAAAUCAAUGAACACACUAACUCUGCCAUUGUUACUCAGUUAUGCUUAGCUCUAGCAGAUCUGGCCUUACAAAUGUCCUCCUGGCAGAAACCUGUGGUAGAUUUAAUUAAUAGGUUUGGAGGAAACACUGCAAACCUUUGGCCACUACUUGAAAUAAUGACGGUACUUCCAGAAGAAGUAAAUUCGAGAUCACUUAGGCUGGGAGCUAAUCAUAGACAGCAUAUAUUGCAUGAACUUAAUUUGAAUGCAGAUACCGUCACAGAGUUUUUGAAAAUGUGCCUAAAAAAUAGCGGUGAUAAUUUACAAAUCCAAGUCACUAUUUUGCGAUGUUUUACCAGCUGGAUAACCGUUCAUGCAAUACCGCUUAAAGCUGUUCCCUCGAGCGAGGUAGUCGUUUAUGCCUUGCAGGUACUCAGCAAUCACAUGGCUGUUUCGCAACUUCACGAAACGGCUACCGACUGCAUCUGCGUAAUUUUGCAAGCAUUAGGAGAAGAUAGCAAUACCAGUCGCGGUAGUGACAACGAAACGAGCGUGCAGUUGCAGCAACUGCAAUUGUGCCUCUUCACAAGUGUAAUGAAUUUAGAACAACCAUAUCACUUAUCGGUUGCGCACGAAGACAUGGAAAAAUCUAUAAAUUAUUGUCGAAUAUUCACGGAACUGGCCGAGACAUUUUUAGAAACUAUGGUGACAGGUAGCGAAGACGGAAAGCAGCAUUACGCCAUAAAAAUUUUGGACCUCGUCCUCACGUGCGUCGGUCAUCAUGAUUAUGAGGUUGCACAGAUAACUUUUAACCUGUGGUAUCGGUUAUCGGAAAUUCUUUACCAGAAAAAUAACGAUGAUCUUAAUGCCGUGUUCCGACCUCACAUUGAGAGACUGAUCGGCGCUCUCUGUAGACAUUGUCAAAUGGAACCAGACCAUUUGGGUCUCGUGGAAGAAGGAGGGGGAGGCGAGGAGUUCGCUGACUUCCGAAAUCGCGUGUCGGAUUUGAUAAAGGACGUAGUGUUCGUAGUUGGGAGUAGCCACUGUUUCCGACAAAUGUUUUCGUCGCUGACCGGAGGACCUGGGCCGCAGGGUCAACCUGUACAUGCACCUACCUGGGACUCGACCGAAGCCGCGCUUUUUAUAAUGCAGGCGGUGGCGAAAAAUAUUUUACCAGAAGAAAACGAUGUGGUUCCAAAAGUGGUGGAAGCCAUUCUCAAUUUGCCGGAAAACACUCACAUAGCCGUACGUUAUACCAGUAUUCUCCUUCUAGGCGAGCUAUGUGAGUGGAUAGAUAGGCAUCCGCAAUCAUUAGAACCAGUUUUAAAUUUCCUCUUAGACUGUUUAAAUCAAAAGGGUUUAGGAAGCGCCGCCUCGGGCGCGUUAUUAAGUAUAUGUACAGCUUGUCCGUUGCACAUGAAAGCGCAUUUCUCUGGACUUUUACAAAUAGCACGUUCUCUGGAUAAUUUUGCAAUUAGUAAUGACGCAGCUAUUGGCCUACUAAAAGGAGUAUCGAUAAUUUUGGCGAGGUUAUCGUACGAGGAUAUUACUCCGGCAAUAAGAGAAUUGUGCUGCUUUCAAGCGAGUUCCCUGUGGACGCUUCUGACGGAUAGAGUCCAAAUCGAGAGAGGAACAAAGACUGAUCCUGUGAUAUGGCUGGAUAGAUUAGCCGCUAUAUUUAAACAUACUAAUCCUCAAAUCGAUGAUCCUAAUAAGCCUCAUCCCUGUCAGAGCGUGGUCACUGAAAUGUGGCCUGUAUUAUCGAAUGUAUGUGAAACAUAUCAACGCGAUGUGAGAGUCAUGGAGAGAUGCUGCCGUUGCAUACGUUUCGCCGUGCGCUGCGUGGGCAAAAAUUCUGCUCAUUUGCUCGAGCCAAUUGUGAAACAAAUCGUACCAUUGUACACGGUACAUAAACAUAGUUGUUUCUUGUAUCUUGGUUCCAUAUUAGUGGACGAGUACGCAACCGAUUCGGACUGUGUGUGGAAUCUGUUAAAUAUGUUACAAGCUUUCAUCUGUCCGACUUUCGCCCUUCUUGAGCAAGAAGAUGGUUUAAAAAAUCACCCCGAUACGGUGGACGAUCUGUUCAGGCUGUGCGCCAGGUUUCUUCAAAGAGCCCCUAUUCCCUUAUUACAUUGUCCUGCUAUCGGGAGCGUUGUAGAUUGCGCUAUAAUGGCUUGCAGUUUGGAUCAUCGGGAUGCUAAUAGCUCAGUAAUGAAAUUCUUUUAUGACCUUUUACACAGCGGUCGCAGUUAUAAGGAUCGAUCAGACUUCACGAUACGGCGACAAUUGGUACAAAGUAUAUUGAAAGAAAAAGGCCAAACAUUAGUUAUAAAAUUACUGCACGCUUCGGUGUUUGACUUGUCUUCUUACAUGCUGUCUGACGUGACGGAUGUCAUUAUAGAACUUACCCGAAGUGACGCAGACCUUAUGUCAAAGUGGUUGGAAGAAGCUAUCAAGACAAUGCCGUCGCAAAACGCAGGCGGAGCUCCCACAGCAACGCCCGAUCAGUUACUUGAAUUUCAUAAUACAGUCACGAGGUCAGAUACACCGAAAACCGUCACAAAUGCUCUACGAAAUUUUGCGCGCCUGUAUCGCUAAUGCAUUUUUUAAUGUAUAUUUACUUUAUUAAAUUCCUCAAAAAAAUGUAUUUAUAAGAUCUUCCAACAAGUUUCGAUUAUAACAUCUCGAAACGACAAAAAUUUGCUAUGGUGAGUCUCGAUGCUGUAUAAAUAUAUUAGGAAAAAGAAGUACCAAGAUUUUUUUAUGUUCUUACUAUCUAUAGCUAUGUUUGCAAAUGUAGUACAUAUGUAUGUGUAUAUAUUGUAUUUGGAUAAAAAGAUGACUUUUAUAAAUAUA